GAGCCAAUCCUGGCGGGGCCGGAUGUGACGCAGCGCAAAGAGCACGGAAGCCCCUGCGCAGAACCGUGUGGCGCGCCAAAUUUCAAAGGACUUCCUCCCGAGCGGAGCGAGGCUCAAAUCUGCUCAAGAACGGCCGAAAAAUACUGCAGAAAGAACCGACUUUAUCCGAAGCUGAGGGCUGAUCUCCUCUGGUUGGAUUUCCGCGGUGACUUUUGUGCAGUAAAACCAAAACCGGAGCAGUAUCUGAAACUCGAAUGACACAACCUCCUGCCGUUGCAUCUCUUCAAGCGUUCCUCCUUUGAGCCCCGUGAUUCGACUUAUAAUCAACACGAUAUAUUUUAGACACUUUCACUAUAAUAUUAAAGUCUUACGAUUUUAAGAACGACAAUCACUACUAUCCAGUAAACUACACUACCUUGAAGUUAUUGCACAUUUGGAACAUGGCACACACAUGCUUGACAAAACGUCUCCCUUUUUAGUACUUGUUUCAAUGCCUCCUCUCUGUGGGGGACUUGAUCUGUGUAAUUUAGGUCUGUAGCAAGCGGCAGCAUCUCAUUUCCACUCUUCACCAGCUGGAGUAGUGGUCUGAAUCCUCAUUAACCAUUCAUGUAUUCACAGCAGGGACGCAGUUCUGCAGAUUUCCAUACUUGAUAGGAACACCUGUUAUUUGUACAUGCAACCUUCACAUUUUGAGCUCACGACUUGAUAUAUUGAUGCUCAUUUUACCCUGAUUUUACACUGAAGUUAAGCACAAAUGUGUGUAUUGUAAUCGUUAGCUUGUAAAAUUUAUAUUCAGGGCAAUAUGGAGGAUAGCUUGUAAGUUUUGGGCUGUCCAAGGACGUGUUUGGACUAUUGUUUCAGCCAUGUUGUCUGGGGUGCAACCAUGCUUCCAACUCCUUCGUAUUGGCUCCUCUGUGGGGGAUUCUGCGCGGGACUUGUACACAUUCAGGCCGGCACUGAAUCCGUGUAUUUUCCGUUUGGGACGUGCUCCAGAGUUGUGUGAUGUCACGCUGGACUCCGCCUCCGUGUCCAGGAUCCAUGCAGAGUUGCAGGCCGAGAGGGUCACGGGGGACGACGCAGAGGGCACACACGACGAGGGAUGGAGUGUCCACAUCAAGGACAGGAGCAGUCACGGCACAUGGGUGAAUGAGGUGCGGCUGCAGUCUGGGGUUCAGUGGGAGCUCUCAGAUGGUGACACUUUGACCUUUGGAGGCCAGUCUGCUCCAGGAAGCCCUGAGUUCUACUUCCUGUUUCAGAAGGUCAAAGUUCGCCCACUGGAUUUUGAUGCUAUAACUAUUCCUAAGGGCGGGACUUUUUCCUCAGACUUCCAAAACCGCAUAAGGACAAAUCAGGACCGAAAAGCACCUGCGAACCUGGACCUGUCCAAACUGUCUCUAAACCGCGCUACAGUGAUCCUGAACUCCAUUGGCAGCCUCAGUAAAAUGAAAGGCAGCGCCUGGACCUUCAAGAGGAGCCACAGUUUGGAGGGGACCACUUCAGACCCGGGUUCGUCCACCUCUCCUCUUCUCGCCGUGGGCUUCUCCUCUCUGCUGCCCCCCUCCACUCCUCCAUCCUUCUGCCCGGCUCCAUCUGCUGCAAACUCGAACAAGCCCCUCCCCGCAGCCUCUCGGAGCAGGAGGAAGUCUGCCCACACGGUGCUGCUCGAGGACGACAGCUCAGAUGAACCCAGGGGCUGUGGAGCCCUGGGAGCAGUUGCAGAUGACGGACAGCGGUCACGAGCGAAGAAAAGGCGGCGUCUUUAUAAAUCUGAGUCAGAGGGGUUCAACUCUCCUCCCUGUUUACCUCCUCAAAGUAAAAUCCACACUGAAGUCAGACGCCCCCUGGAGGCCAAACCUUUUCCCGUUGGCAUCAGGACCAUUGGCAGUUUCCAUGGCGCCAUGACAAACAGCCGACAUCACCAGCUCCCGACUAUUCACAGCUCUGCUUCACUUAAACAGGAAGUUGAGACGACCUAUCAUGUACAAUCAGUUAUGAAUGGAAAUAUCGCCACAAUCAGACAACAGAAAACUGUCCAUCGCUCACCACAGGCAGCGAGAGGAAGGAGGCGAGCCAACAGCUCCCCGGUGUUCUCCCCUUUAGUGGUGGGAGGAGAGAACUACAGCCUAGCAUCUCCUUCGGUGCGGAUCAGGACCGGAGAGCGCAGCAGAAUGCAGUACAACCGGUUUCACCACCAGACCGGUAAAAGACGUGGCCGGCCGCGUAAGCAUCCUCUGCCCCCCCGCCCCUCCCUGCCAUCCCCUUCUUCCUCCUCCUCGAGCUCCACAUCCUCAGCCUCUUCCUCCUCCGGCUCCUCCUCUUCGUCCUCCGAAGAUGACGAUGAAGAUGAGGCAGAGGAGGAGGAAGUCACCGUGGGGGCAAUAGAGCCAUGCGCUGCCCCUCGCUGCAAAAUGCCCCAACAAGACACGGUCCAGUGGAUUCAGUGCGAUGUGUGCGACGCCUGGUACCACAUCGACUGUCUUCAUAUCGACCGGAAAAAACUACUGCGGGAUCCCAACGCGGACUUUCACUGCGGCUGUCGCUAAAAUGCAAGAAAGUAAUGGGACUAAUUAUCAUUUCUGGGAGAUAUUUUUUGUUCAUAAUUGUACUGCGUAGUCAAAUCAAAUGAACUUUUUUGAACUAUAGGGCAGCACAUAAUACACUCCUAUUAUUACGAUAACCGCAAAUACAACUGAAUAAUGAAAUGUAUCGUGAUAAUUGAGUUGAUUUGCGGAAAAGACGAGACCAUUUUUGAAUAAUUGUAGCUAGAAUUCAAAGCGCUUGUGAAAUCAAAAGUGGAAAUCAAUAUAAUGCUACUAGUUGUACUGUCAUUGCGAUAAUUUAAAAUGUUAUGGUGCAGUCCUAACUUGUUUCUAAUCACUGCCAGCUUCUUCGCAGAUGAUUUCAACUCUCUAAAGUGGUCUCUCAUUUUAUAGGAUUUAGGAUAUAAAAUAUAAUAGAUUUCACUGCAAAAAUAAUCACAGUUGAGGCUAUUUAAAAAAGAAAAUGCAUUGUUUUUUCACAUGACGCAGCUAUCAAAUCUUUAGAGGACAUUUAGGCACUGAACCCGGACUAAACCUGUUGUAGUUUUAGUUUUUUGUCCACUGCUGGCCGUUCUAACAAGUCUACAGGACCAUUUUCUUGGCGCUUCUUUGGACUUGUUGUAAAACGCUCCGAUGGUGAGACUAUCCUGUAACAUAUUUGACCGUUGGGGACAGUUUGAGCAGUUAUUGCGCAUCCACCAAUGUCCUGGGAUAAGUGCUACCUCUUCAAUGUGUCAAAUACCUGUUUCAGCGCCUCUAGUCUGUACCGCUUUUACCUUCAAGCAUCAUUACACUACUGCAGUGGCAAAUUCAGGCCAAAGUGGACAGUUGUAGUGAAAUGAGGUGUCGCCGAUCCAACAGUCAGAGCAGUGCAUGAUGGGAACUCUGUGGUCUGUGGUGGUAGGAAUGGACUGAAAUGAAACGAGCUGAAAUAAUCCGUUUUAUAGUUGUGUCUUCUCGAGCACCUUUUGCUAUAGCGAUGACAUUGUUAAAAUAUGUAAAAUAUGGUCUACGAUAUUUUGUAAUGACUAAUGUAGGGAUGAAUGGUUUUGCAAGAAUAUGAAAUAACAUGUUUUUCUGGCAAUUGUUUUGUUUACAAAGCAAGUCAGUUUACAGUACAAAUUUUAAACAUGUCCAAUUGAGACACGAGUCAAUGGUAAAGUACAAGACCAGCAGAAUAAAAUUAAGCUACUCUUUGAAAUGAGAACCCAUAGAGACACGAUAUUAAGCUCUGCAGAGGACAUGACAUGCAAUUAAAUCACUGCAACAUUUAUGAUUUGCCUAUUGUCAAAUUUUAAUUACGUUGUGAAUAAUCGUGCUUAAAUUUACUCCCUAUAGAAGCCUCCACAUGCACAGUUUAGAGAGGUGAACAUUUAUUUUGGUCGCUAAUGCUGGGGCUGGAGAAUUGUCAUAUUUUUAUAAGUAAGAUUUCCAACACUUUGAAAAACUGGAAUUCAUGUUUUAGAAAUGAAUGUAUUUUGACAUGAUUGAUACUUUCACACAAACAAACAUGUACAUAGACAAUGCCUUUAAAGUGUCUUGCUUAAUGGUGCAAUGACGGGAUGCAGCUCUCAACAACUUUCUCAUUGAGCCAAUAUUGUCCCAAAUUGCAAAGAUAUUGUUGUAAUCGUAAAAUGAUAUUAAUAGGGGAACAAAAACCCAUGUGUUCAAUGAAAUCUCAACCCAUGUGUUUUGUUUUUUUUUCUUUUAAAAUCUAAAAAAAGUUUACGUUACAACUUUGUUUUGGGAUGCAUUUUUUUUUUUAGAACUGCAUACAAUUUUAAAAAGGCAAGUAAUAUAAUACUUUUGAAAGCACUGAAUCCAACAAAUAUACAUAAACGGCAGUAACAUAAUGGUAACCUGGUUUUUCAUAAACACGAUGCAAUACUACAUUCAACUGCAGUAACCUCUUCACAUAUGUAGUAGUAAUAGUCUUAACACCAGUUUUGUGUUGGAAAUACGAUUAACAUUGAAAUGCAUCUUAUUUUUGUAUCUUGUUUUGUGUUUGUGUGUGUUUACCUGUCUCUGCUGCCAGUAAAAUGGUUUUCACCGUU